AUCGUCAAAGACUGUCUCAGACGCUCGAGCUCUGACAACACCGAUCCAGAUGUGAUCAUAGUCCACACCCAGCGACUUUAUGAUGUCCUGCAGGACCUGUGUGAGCACAAGAAAAGUGUGGGGAAAACUUCAAGGAUGCAAAAAAUGACCCUUGACCCAGUUGCUUCGACAUCUACAUCCAGAAAAAUGGCCAUCAAAGGAGACUCGGCCAUGAUGCUGCAAGAUGCAAGCCACAACAAACAGAACACAGUCAUUAGCGCUGACACCAUGCACUCACUGACACUUCUGCCAGACUAUGGAGGUCCAAUCUUCCGUCACCGCCGAGCAUCUCUACAUCAACUCAACAUCCGCGAUAGCACCAACAACCUCAUCACUCCUGACAAAUGGUACAGUGAGCUCCGACAAGGGAUGCUUGUCCUUUUUGCAGCCACGAUGCAUGGCUACAUACAAAAAGACCCCGGACAGAAAGGGAGAAAGACUUGGCAACUUGUCGCGAAAUCUAUCAAGGUGAUAGAUCGAUCGAAUGAGGUCAUGGAGCCUCGC